AGGUCCGCUCCCGUCACAAGACGCCCGUGCGCCUCGGAUUUCCAUCACAACCAAAAUGGCGGAGUAAAGAGACGGAUCGACACCACGAUGAACGGGACACGCUUAUUGUAGUAGUGAGCCGAAUUGUUAUUUUUAAAAACAAAAGAGUAACGGAAUGAUGCAAGUGUGUUUGAGCCCAAAACCACAGACGCCGCAAUAAGACACAUAUCGUCUUUUUCUCCAGUGAUAUCCGGCCCGCGGGGAUGGGAGAUGAUGGCGGACAAAGGUCCUCGCGUAGCAGACUACUUCGUGGUGGCCGGCCUGACGGACGCAUCCAAGCCUUUGGACGAGGAGAUCCGCUUCGAUGACGUCUGCCACAAGACGGCCAAGCCCAAGGCCCCUAUCACCGACGUGGCGGUGGUGAUGCGCUCCCUGGGCGAGGAGGUGCCCGCCGGCUACACCUGCGUGGACACCACGCCCACCGGCCUCUCUGCUGACCUCAACGGCGGCAGCCUCAUGGGACCGCAGAUCUUCCUGUGCUACAGGAGAGGCCGGGACAAGCCCCCGCUCACCGACCUGGGAGUGCUGUACGAGUGGAAGGAGAGACUCAAACAGGGCUGUGACAUCAUCCAGACCACGCCUUCCGGUCGCCCAGCCAACAUCAGCAGCACCUCCUCCCAGCGCAUCUACAUCACGUACCGGCGCGCCCCAGACAGCCUCCCGCACGCCUCGCUCGCCGUCACCGACAUCUGCAUCAUCAUCCCCGGCAAGGGCGAGACACCCCCCCACACCUUCUGCAGGGUGGACAAGAACCUCAACAGCAGCAUGUGGGGUUCUUCAGUCUACCUGUGUUAUAAGAAGUCUGUGGCCAAAACCAACACGAUAGCGUACAAAGCAGGUCUGCUGUGUAGGUAUCCUGAGGAAGACUAUGAGUCAUUCCCGCUGCCUGAGUCAGUGCCACUGUUCUGCCUGCCCAUGGGGGCCACCAUCGAGUGCUGGCCCUCACAGACCAAGUACUCCCUGCCUGUCUUCUCCACCUUCGUCCUGACUGGCGCCUCGGGGGAAAAGGUAUAUGGAGCUGCCAUCCAGUUCUAUGAGUCCUACCCCCAAGAGCGUCUGACAGACAGGCAGCGCUCCCAACUGGGUCUGCAGCAUGGCGAGCGGAAGGCCGGGGGCUCCAAGGCCGUGCACACCAACAAGUGCAUCUGCCUGCUGUCACACUGGCCCUUCUUCGACGCCUUCAGGAAGUUCCUCACCUUCCUGUACCGCUACUCCAUCUCCGGACCGCAUGCGCUGCCCAUUGAAAAGCACAUCUCACACUUCAUGCACAAAGUCCCAUUCCCCUCCUCCCAGAGACCCAGGAUCCUAGUGCAGCUGUCCCCACACGAUAGUUUGAUGCUGAGUCAGCCGGUGUCCUCACCCUUGCCUCUGAGCGGCGGGCGCUUUUCCACGCUGCUGCAGAACCUGGGGCCGCAGAACUCCGUCACCCUGCUGGUGCUGGCCGUCACCGAGCACAAGAUCCUGGUCCACUCACUGCGGCCGGCCGUGCUGACCAGCGUGACCGAGGCGCUGGUGUCGAUGAUCUUCCCCUUCCACUGGCCGUGCCCCUACAUCCCCCUGUGCCCGCUGGCGCUGGCCGAUGUGCUCAGCGCCCCCUGCCCCUUCAUCGUGGGCGUGGACUCCCGUUAUUUUGACCUGUACGACCCCCCGCCGGACGUCAGCUGUGUGGACCUGGACACCAACGCCAUCUCCCACAAUGAAGACAAGAGGGUACUGACCUGGAAGAUCCUGCCAAAGAAAGCUUGCAAAAACCUGCUGAAUACCCUGAGCAAUCUCUACCAGCAGCUGGCCGAAGGGCAGCAGAGGCCCAGGGAGGACGGCCUGAUGGAGUUAUCCAUGAGUGACCACUGCGACUCCAUCGGGGGAAAGAGCCUGCAGACGCUGGAGAUGGAGAUCCAGGAGGCCUUCCUGCGCUUCAUGGCCGCCGUGCUGAAGGGAUACCGCUCCUACCUGCGGCCCAUCACCCAGGCGCCCUCUGAGAAGGCCACCGACGCCAGCUCCCUGUUCGACCUGCAAGGGUUCCUGAGAAGCCGUGACCGUUCGCACCAGAAGUUCUACUCUCUCAUGACCAAAACCCAGAUGUUCAUCCGCUUCAUCGAGGAGUGCUCCUUCGUGAGCGACAAAGACGCCAGCCUGGCUUUCUUUGACGACUGCGUGGACAAGCUGUACAGCACAGAGCGCAGUGCAGACAAAGGAGGGAAGGUGGACAGUGACCGGCCAGAGGAGACCAGGCUGAUUGAGCUGGACGAAUCGCAUCGCAGCGAGCACACAGUCUUCAUCACCCCCCCGGAACUGCCCCCCUUGCCUGAGGGAGAGGAGUAUCCACUGCAUUACAGCUACAGUGGCUUCCCUGUGCUGAGGCGGGAGCUGUUCGAUCCCUUGGAGGGGCUCCGGACCCCCUCCUCUCGCCUGGCCACACGACACAAUAGCCCCACCAGCCCCGCCCCUAUGUUCCGCCGGACCAAGCAGGAGAUCAAGUCAGCGCAGAAGAUGGCGAAGAAGUACUCGUCCAUCCCGCAGAUGUGGUCCAAGUGCCUGCUGCGCCACUGCUACGGCCUGUGGUUCAUCUGCCUGCCCGCCUACGUCAAAGUGUGCCACUCCAAGGUGCGGGCGCUGCGUACCGCCUACGACGUGCUGAGGAAGAUGCAGGUCAAGAAGCUGCAGCCCCCUGACGAGGUGUGUUACCGGGUUCUGAUGCAGCUCUGUGGGCAGUACGGACAGCCCGUCCUGGCCGUGCGGGUUCUGUUCGAGAUGAAGAAGGCAGGCAUUCACCCCAACGCCAUCACCUAUGGCUACUACAAUAAGGCUGUGUUGGAAAGCACCUGGCCCUCCAGCACCAGAGGGGGCUACUUCCUGUGGAUGAAACUGAGGAACGUGGUGGUGGGCGUUGCCCAGUUCAGACGCACGCUGAAGAAGCAGCAGUCGAGCGUGGUGUUGACACCGCUGUCAGAUGGCAGCGACCUGGACGCAGUCAGCCACGGCAGCCUGGAUAGCUCUAACGACACUAACCCCGCGGAGCAGGGCCCCUUCGGCACUGACUUAAUCAAAGUAGAUUCCACUGACGAUAGAUCUAGCACAGGAGGUCAGUCUGACCUGGGCUACAACUCCUUGUCCAAAGAGGAGGUGCGAAGAGGUGACAGUAGUCAGCAGGAUGGCAACCAGGACCAGGAGGAGGACAAGAAAGAGAGUGACUCCAGCUCCCUGUCAGAAACUGAGAGUGCCAAGGGCAGCGGGGAUUGUAUUCCUCACCUAGACUUCCCAGCAGUCCAAGGACCGUUCCAGCCCCGUGCGGGAAUCGUCCGCAGCAACUGUCCCUAUGACAACGCAGCCAAUGAGGCUAAUGACGCAAACGCAGAGCACUCAGCUGGCCUGCUCUUCACCUCCUCCCUGGAGGAGAUUGGGGAGGUGCAGGGCAGCAGCCUGCGCAGAAGGCACAAGAGCGCAGUGGAGGAGGGCCGGGGAUCGUCGGACUGGCCUGGGGUCAGAGGUCGCAGUCUGAGCGGGGACACGGGUGGGCGCAGGGUGCUGGGGCUGGGGAUGACUCAGGGAGAGACAGACCCAGCCAGGAUCGCAGAGAGGCUGGGCGCCGAUGCCAAGAUCCUGUCGGCCACCUUGGAGAAGAGCAAGAGGCCCGACUCUCUGGACAUCGGCGGGGGUGGAGGGGAAGGCGUGGUCAGGCCCAGCUCGCUGGACAUCAGCACACAGCGGCACCGCCGCAGGGCCGUGCAGGAGAGGGACUCCAGCGAUGAAGACAAGGCCGACACCACUGCCAUCUUCGACCUGGAGGACCUGGACGGGGAGGUGGGGGAGGGCCAGGCGGGGCGGGGGGCGGAGCAGCGCAGGAGGUGCGUGCAGCGGAGCGUGAGCAGCGGUAGCUUCGGUGGCCAGGCGGCGAAGCGGACGGGCAUAGAGACGGGCUUCGACCCCCUCUCCCUGCUGGCAGCAGAGACGGAGCAGCAGCAGCGGCUGGAGGAGCAGGACCCGGAGAGGGAGGGCGUGCUGACUCCCCGCCGUGACCUGGCGGAGGAGAUCGAGAUGUACAUGAACAACAUGGGCAGCCCCCUGAGCAGCCGCGCUCCCAGCAUGGACCUGCAGGACCCCGCCAGCCCCCAGCUCCACGGCGACCCCGCCUCCCGCCGAUCCAGCCUCCCGCACAGCUCCCCACGGGCCGCCGGCAUGCCCCGCUCCCGUACCUACCACUCCCGCCCCCGCGACCGCCUCUGGUCCUCGCCCACCUUUUCCCAGGGCAGCCCCCGCCGGGAGAGGGAGGCCUCCACGUCUCUGGCGUCGCCCUCUCCCUCCUCCUUUGCCCUGGACUCACUGCUCACCCCCACCCUGGACGUCUUCAAGAGCAGCAUGGUCUCAGCGGGGAAGGGCGUGGCGGAGAAGGCCAGCCGCUGGUACUCCCGAUUCGCCACCUACACCACACCCACCAAGGAUGCCAACUAUGACCGGACCAGUGUGUCGUCUCUGGGCAUGGCUGACCCCGACAGCGCCUCUCUGCUGGACGAGGAGCCCUGCCCAGAGCCUGAGGUGCCCACCUCACCUCUGCGCAACGGCAUUACGGGCCCUAAGAGAAGCCCUCACCGGACCAAGCAGGACAGCCCCACCCUGCAGCCCAGCUCAGGACGCCCACCCCUCCACCCAGGCAGCGUGCCAUCUCCCUCACGAUCCCCCCUGCCAGAAAAGGCAGAGCUAGGCUACGCCCGCUACACCAGCAGCUCAAGCGUCUUCCAGAACUAUGCCAUGGAGGUGCUGAUCUCCAGCUGCUCGAAGUGUAAGACCUGUGACUGCCUGGUGUAUGACGAGGAGAUCAUGGCUGGCUGGACUGCUGACGACUCCAACCUGAACACCACCUGCCCCUUCUGUGGGAACCCCUUCCUGCCCUUCCUCAACGUGGAGAUCCGAGACCUGAGAGGUCCUGGCAGGCACUUCUUAAAGAGCAGCCCAACUUCAGAGGAGGUGGGGUCAUCAUCCUACCCAGUUUCCACCGGUUUGGGAACCAGAACGUCCUCACUGUCCAUGCCCUGUCCCACUAUGGCUCUCUCUCCCCCCUCCCCCAAAAUCACUGUUCAGGAGCAUCUCAACAGCAACAGGAGCAGCAGCCCCCCGGCCCGCAGCAUUGAGAUCCCCGCAGAGCGUCGGCAGGGAGGCCUGUCCCCGGCGGCCCCCAUCGCCCGCAGCGCCAGCGCCUGCGGACCCCUGGAGGAGCCGCCCAGACCCCCCCACCACGUCUCCACAGGCAGCCUGCCGAGCCGGCUCAACGAGCCCACGGACCCUCUCAGCAUGGAGUGGCGCCUGCACAACCCCGACCCGGUGACGGUGCCCUACCUGAGUCCGCUGGUCCUGUGGAAGGAGCUGGAGAGCCUGCUGGAGAAUGAGGGCGACCUGGCCAUCACCGCCUCCGACAUCGUGGACCAGCACCCCAUCGUCUUCUGGAACCUGGUGUGGUACUUCCGCCGGCUGGACCUGCCCAGCAACCUGCCAGGUCUCAUCCUCAGCUCCAAGCACUGCAAUCGCCACUCCCAGAUUCCUCGCCACUGGAUGUCAGAGGACAGUAAACACGUGCUGAUCCAGAGGCUCUGGGACAACCUGAAACUGCAGCAGGACCCCAUCCAGCCCCUCUACAUCCUGUGGAACACGCGAAGUCUUAAUUGUACUCUUAUAACAGAGAGUCAGAGCUCCCCAGGGCCCCGGCGAACACAGGAGGAUGAGGGUCCGUUUGAGGAGGAGUUUCUGCGGAGCGUGGUGAAGAGCAUCCAGAAGAAUGAUGUGUACCGGCCCAUGAGCCAGGUGCUGCAGCUUCUGGGCACCACCCUUGGAGUCAGGAGGCAGAGGAGUUUAUACAGAGACAUCCUGUUCCUGUCUUUGGUGGCCUUAGGCAAGGACAACAUUGACAUCGAUGCCUUUGACCGUGAGUACAAGAUGGCAUACGACCGCCUGACCCCUAACCAGGUCAAGCUGACGCACAACUGUGACCGUCCCCCCAGCGCCGGGGUCAUGGAGUGCCGUAGGACUUUCGGGGAGCCCCACCUCUGAGCUUCUCGGCCUCCCUCCUCUUGUCUUACAUCUACAACUACGCAUCAUUUAGCAAACAAAAAAAACCACUUCCAUGAAAUGUCCUACAUGCAGUGAUAUGUUUGGUGGGAAGAACAGGCCCCUGCUGUGGCACGAUUUCUUCACAUCUAUCGCACCAGCCUUUGCGAGGUGACCACACCCACUUCAACUUCACCUAUGACCACGCCCACCUCUAACCCUUGACCUCAGAGAGAGGAUAAGGAGGACCCUCUAAAAGGGAUUUACAUGGCAUUUCGUCAAGAAGUGCAGAUGCUUCUUGCGAAAGCAGCCUCUUACAUUUGCUAAACACUAUUCUGUACAAAAAAGAAAGAGAACAAACUAUAUCUGUGGUACUACAGGAGACCUGUGUUAUAAAAGUCCUGUGUAUAGAUUAUGUUGAAUACAAUGCAAAUGUA